GUUUCGGGAGCUUCGCAAUUAUGGAGCUCGCAGUGUGUGCCAUUGUGUCGGUCCUGGUGACCUUACAACCUGUGUUGGGCACCCCCCAUGGAUAUGGAGUGAAGAACGGCGCGGUUGCUCAAGCCGUGGCCGGUGCUGCUGCUGGUGCCUUCUCCGGGGCAGCCGCCCUGCCCAUCGCCUUGCCCCACGGCGCUGGUUUCUCAGGCAGCUACUCCAAGUCCUCUUCAUCCAGCUUCGCGUCAUCUAGCGCUAGUUCCAGUUCAAGUUCCUUCAGUUUUUCUGGUUCAGGAAUACCAGGAGCAAUUGGAGGUUGCACGUCAGGCAUUUGUCAAAAUGGUGACGGUGCAAACGCGGGUGCUUCGAAUGGAAAUUUGAAUGGGUUCACACAUAAUGGGGCGGCCGGUCUCGCUGCUGCACAAGCCGGUGCUAUUGCAGGAUCCCAGUCAUAUAACAAAGGCGGCGUAGUUCCAUCGUGCUCGGGAGCUGAUUGCCCCAAACAAAGUGACGCUGACUGUAAAGGCCCCAAUUGUAGUGGUGAUUCUGAUAAGUGUGAAUCUGGACAAUGUGGACCUUCAACGUAUAAUAAUCAAAUUAAAGGAGGAUCGGCAGAAGCACAAGACAGCUCUUCAAGCUUAAGUAACAAUCUGAAUACUGAGUACAAUAGUAAAUGCACAUCGGGUGAUUGUGGUACAACGCCACAUAAAGAGGCAUCACCUUCAAGUUAUAAUCCCUCGAACAACUGCGCAUCUGGGCAGUGCGGACCAUCUCCAAGCACUGGAGGUGUAUCUCCCGCUUAUGGCGUUAGUAGUUACUCCAGCGGCCCUAGUGAAAAAUGCAGCUCAGGUCAAUGUGGACCAUCACCGGGAACCGGAAGUGUAACACCCAGCCUUGGUGGCAACAGCUAUCCUAGCGGCCCUAAAGAAAAAUGCACCUCGGGACAAUGCGGGCCUUUACCAGGAUCCGUAAGUUCCGGAAGUGUAACACCCAGCUUUGGUGGCAACAGUUACCCUAGCGGGCCGAAUGUAUCUCCAGCCAUUGGCGGCAACAGUUACCCCAGCGGCCCUAAUGAGAAAUGUACCUCAGGACAAUGCGGGCCGUCAACAGGAACCGGGAGUGUAACUCCAGCUUUUGGUGGCAAUAGUUACCCCAGCGGACCGAAUGGAACUCCAACUUUUGGCGGAAAUAGUUACCCCAGCGGCCCUAAUCAGAAAUGCACAUCGGGACAAUGUGGGCCAUCACAAGGAUCCGGAAGUGUCACACCCAGCUUUGGUAGCAACAGCUAUCCUAGCGGCCCUAAUGAGAAAUGUACCUCAGGACAAUGUGGGCCAUCAACAGGAACCGGGAGUGUAACUCCAGCUUUUGGUGGCAAUAGUUACCCCAGCGGCCCGAAUGUAACUCCAGCCUUUGGCGGUAAUAGUUACCCCAGCGGCCCUAAUGAGAAAUGCACAUCGGGACAAUGUGGGCCAUCACCAGGAUCCGGAAGUUCCGGAACCGUAACACCCACCUUUGGUGGCAACAGUUAUCCCAGCGGCUCAAAUGAGAAAUGCACCUCAGGACAAUGUGGUCCGUCAACAGGAACCGGGAGUGUAACUCCAGCCUUUGGCAGCAACGGUUACCCCAGUGGCUCGAAUAAAACUCCAACCUUUGGCAGCAACAGUAACCCCAGCGGCCCUAAUGAGAAAUGUACCUCAGGACAAUGCGGGCCGUUAACAGGAACCGGCAGUGUAACUCCAACCUUUAGCAGCAACAGUUACCCCAGCGGUCCAAAUGAAAAAUGCACCUCUGGACAAUGUGGGCCGUCAGCAGGAGCCGGAGGUGUAACUCCAGCCUUUGGCAGCAACAGUUACUCCAGCGGUCCUAAUGAAAGAUGCACAUCAGGUCAAUGUGGACUAGCUCAGAGUUCCGGAAAUGUAGCUCCCGCUUUUGGCAGUAACAGCUACCCCAGUGGCCCUAAUGAAAAAUGCACAUCAGGACAAUGUGGACCGACACAGGGCUCCGGAAGUGUACCUUCUGCUUUUGGCGAAAAUUAUAACUCCAAUAAACCUAACGAUAAAUGUACCUCAGGGCAAUGUGGAUCUUUGCCAGCAAACGGUAAUUCAUCUCCAAAUUACGCUUCAAACAAUAAACACGACAUCCCUAUAAAUACACCUAGAGGCACUACUCCGAAACCAAAUAACUAUCCAUCUCAAGGUUUCAAUAAUAAUCCGGGAUUUACUAGCCAAAGUGGUUCUGGGUGUCCUUUUGGAAACUGUGGAACAUUGCCAUCAUCAAAUCCUACAACAACUUACUCGUAUGUCCAGGGUUCAACAAACACCUACUCUAAACCAAACUAUUCCAAUCAAAAUUCAGUAGGUUGUACUACUCCCGAUUGCGAUAAUGGCGCUUAUAACCCUCAUGCGUCUGCUCCAAGCAGCGCUUCAGCCCCAACUUAUAAUAAACCUGCUACGUAUUUAACAGCGCCUAAACAGGCACCAUCGUGUACGUCGCCAAACUGUCAACCAGCUGUUAUAAGCCCUGGAUAUAAUCCAUCUAGACCUAUUACACCAGGAACUGGAGAUUAUCCUAAUAUUCAAACAAUUGCGCAAACACCUAUCUGCACCAACGGUAACUGUGGUCAAACUCAACCACUCUACCCUAGCAGUUACUCGGUACCCUUGAUUCCCAGUCAGCAAAACUCUGCCUAUAGACCAUCAGAGCCUAAAUGUACUUCAGCAAACUGUGGUGCAAAUAACCCUUCAGCACCAUCAAAUGUCCCUGUAAAUGAGCCUAGUAAUUACCCAACUACUCAACAACAGAUACCACAUAAAGGUGUUCCUAGUUUCAAACCAUCUUCACCUCAAGACGCUCCAUCAGUUCCAACUUAUACUUCGAAUCAACCCCCUAAAGCAACAUCUGCUCCUGUAUACAAUAAUCCAAAAGACGAUGGUUCUAUUCCUCCUUUCGUUGCUCUGACCCCACCAAAUUGUAGUGGAUCUACAUGUCCUGACAGUCCCUUGAAACAACCUAAUUACAACCAAAAUGCUGUAAGCACCGCUUCCGCGGGAUCUUCGUCAACCGGUUCCAACUAUGUUGGAACUUACAACACUGGAAGUCAAAAUGUAGGUCCCAAAAAACCUGAAAAGAAGUCAUAUCUGGGUGGGUUUGGAGCUCCUCCUGGACUGCUGAAACCAAAUGACUUCACCCUGCCUAGUAGCAUAUCAACCACUAAUAGCAAACCGACUACAUCUGCUGUGCCUAGCUCAGUCCCAUGUACAACUGGUAACUGUAACACUUCUCCUGGUCAGCCCCAACAUGGACAUAUUGAAGGUGGAAAUGCAAUUGCCAAACCAGAAGGAACAUACAACUCGGCUCCGUGCUCAUCAGGAAAUUGUGGUUCUCAAAAUAAACAAAGCGGUACACUGAACUUAAACGGUGCUAAUGCUGCAGCAGGAGCUGUCGCGUCAGCUAAUGCAGUUGCUUAUUCUGGAGGAUUCGGUGGCCCACCAGGGUUUUUAAAACCUUUCGAUGACGGAAAAUCCGCGGGUGGUGCGACACUGUCAAGUAGUAAAAUCCCUGUCAGUGCAUCAGGCUUAAGUGGUGGUAAUUUUCCAGCAAGUGGAAUUCAUAAUACUGUUAGCAACGGAGGUUUGAUCGGGGCUGGAGCUCAAUCAGCUGCUUUCGCUGGGGCUAGUGCAGGUGCAUUUGGCGGAUCUUCCUAUGGUCACAAUGCUCUUGGUGGCCAGGGAUCAACUGGCGGUUGUGGCGGUGGAUGCAAUGGAAGCGGAUCGUAUGGCUCUGGGAAAAGCUUGAAUGUUAAUACUGGCCAUCACAAAGGUGGAUACAACGAUGAUUUGUAUGGAGGAAUCAGUGCAGCGGGUGCUGUAGCUAAAUCCAACGCUGCUAGUUUCGGAGGCAGCUUUGCCACCGCUCAUGCUUCAUCAUCAGCGGCAACAAAAGGAGGUUACGGUAGAAGAUAAACUUUAUUCCAAAUAAUGGAGAUUUUAUGGACUUGUAAUAUCAACGAAACUGUUUGUGACGUAUCUUGUGAUAAAAUUAAAUUAGAUUAAGUAGUCAGUCAACAUAAACGGUAUAAUAGUAGUUUUAUAUAAAAUAAAAUAAUAAAAUAAAAAAGAGUA